CAGUAAUGGCUCCUCUGAUGUGAUAGUUUUCCCCCGCCCCCUCGCGUAGGACGCGGCGGCGGGGCGGCGGUGGAAAGCCCAACUUUAUUGUUCCCCCGGCCCACCUCCCGGCGCGUCCUCAGGAUGCUCGGGGGCUGAGCGCCGGGGGGCGGCGGAGGGUCGCGGUCCGUCCGGGGCCCACGCCUCAAGAGCGCGGGGCCGAGGGAGGGAGGGAGGGAGUCACGAUGUCAGGUAGCCGCCAGGCCGGCUCGGGUUCCGCAGGGACGAGCCCCGGCUCCUCGGCGGCCUCCUCGGUGACUUCCGCCUCCUCGUCCUUGUCCUCGUCUCCGUCGCCGCCUUCCGUCGCGGCCUCGGCGGCGACGCUGGUGUCCGGCGGGGCGGCUCCGGCCGCAGGCUCGGGCGGCCUCGGCGGCCCGGGCCGGCCUGUGCUGGUGGCGGCCGCGGUGUCUGGCAGCGGCAGCGCGAGCGGCGGCGGGGCGGUGUCCGCGGGCCUGUCCCGGCUCAGCUGCGCGGCCAGGCCCAGCGCCGGCGUCGGAGGAAGCAGCUCCAGCCUCGGCAGCAGCAGUAGGAAACGACCUCUGCUCGCCCCGCUCUGCAACGGGCUCCUCAACUCCUACGAGGACAAAAGCAACGACUUCGUCUGCCCCAUCUGUUUUGACAUGAUUGAGGAGGCAUACAUGACAAAAUGUGGCCACAGUUUUUGCUACAAGUGUAUUCAUCAGAGUUUGGAGGACAAUAAUAGAUGUCCCAAGUGUAAUUAUGUUGUGGACAAUAUUGACCAUCUCUAUCCUAAUUUCUUGGUGAAUGAACUUAUUCUCAAACAGAAGCAGAGAUUUGAGGAAAAGAGGUUCAAAUUGGACCACUCAGUGAGUAGCACCAAUGGGCAUAGGUGGCAGAUAUUUCAAGAUUUGCUAGGAACUGAUCAGGAUAACCUUGAUCUGGCCAAUGUCAACCUCAUGUUGGAAUUACUAGUGCAGAAGAAGAAACAACUGGAAGCCGAAUCACAUGCAGCUCAGCUACAGAUCCUUAUGGAAUUCCUCAAGGUUGCAAGGAGAAAUAAGAGAGAGCAAUUGGAACAGAUCCAGAAGGAACUGAGUGUUUUGGAAGAGGAUAUUAAAAGAGUGGAAGAAAUGAGUGGCUUGUACUCUCCUGUCAGUGAAGAUAGCACAGUGCCUCAAUGUGAAGCUCCUUCUCCAUCACACAGUAGUAUUAUUGAUUCCACAGAAUAUAGUCAACCUCCAGGUUUCAGUGGUACUUCUCAGACAAAGAAACAGCCUUGGUAUAACAGCACAUUAGCAUCAAGACGAAAGCGACUCACUGCUCAUUUUGAAGACUUAGAGCAGUGUUAUUUUUCUACAAGGAUGUCUCGUAUCUCAGAUGACAGUAGAACUGCAAGCCAGUUAGAUGAAUUUCAGGAAUGUUUGUCCAAGUUUACUCGAUACAACUCAGUAAGACCAUUGGCCACAUUGUCAUACGCUAGUGACCUCUAUAAUGGUUCCAGCAUAGUUUCUAGUAUUGAAUUUGACCGGGACUGUGACUAUUUUGCAAUUGCUGGGGUUACAAAGAAGAUUAAGGUCUAUGAAUAUGGCACAGUCAUCCAGGAUGCAGUGGAUAUUCAUUACCCUGAGAAUGAGAUGACCUGCAAUUCCAAAAUCAGCUGUAUCAGUUGGAGUAGUUACCAUAAGAACCUUCUAGCCAGCAGUGAUUAUGAAGGCACUGUUAUAUUAUGGGAUGGAUUCACAGGACAAAGGUCAAAGGUCUAUCAGGAACAUGAAAAGAGGUGUUGGAGUGUUGACUUUAAUCUGAUGGAUCCUAAACUCUUGGCUUCAGGUUCUGAUGAUGCAAAAGUGAAGCUCUGGUCUACCAAUUUAGACAAUUCAGUGGCGAGCAUCGAGGCAAAGGCUAAUGUGUGCUGUGUGAAAUUCAGCCCCUCCUCCAGAUACCAUUUGGCUUUUGGCUGUGCAGAUCACUGUGUUCACUACUACGAUCUUCGUAACACUAAACAGCCAAUAAUGGUAUUCAAGGGACAUCGAAAAGCAGUCUCUUAUGCCAAGUUUGUGAGUGGUGAAGAAAUUGUCUCUGCCUCAACAGACAGCCAACUAAAACUAUGGAAUGUGGGGAAACCAUACUGUCUGCGUUCCUUCAAGGGUCAUAUUAAUGAAAAAAACUUCGUAGGUCUUGCUUCCAAUGGAGAUUAUAUAGCUUGUGGAAGUGAGAACAACUCCCUCUACCUGUACUAUAAAGGACUUUCUAAGACUUUGCUAACUUUUAAGUUUGACACAGUCAAGAGUGUUCUGGACAAAGACCGGAAAGAAGAUGACACAAAUGAAUUUGUCAGUGCUGUGUGUUGGCGGGCACUAUCAGAUGGGGAGUCUAAUGUACUGAUUGCUGCUAACAGCCAGGGUACAAUUAAGGUGCUAGAAUUGGUAUAAUGAGUUUCCUGAAGUCAAAUUGUAUUUGAUUCUCCUGAAAGCCAUCUGCAGCUGAUGAUGAGAAAAGAAAGAAAUGGCAUGUGAUGUCUCUCCCAAAGUCAUCCUGGGUUUUGGAUUUGUUCUGAGUACCUUUUUCCUUUCUUUUUUUUUUUUUUUUUUUUUUUAAUGCCUUUUGGACAUUGGGGAUACCCAGAGAAUUCUCCGCCAUCAGUGUAACUAUGAACUUUGCUGUUGGCAGUGUGGCUAUCUUAAUUUUUGUGAUAGGGAAACACAUUCUUUUAAAUAAAAAUAAAUAACAAAAAAUAAUAAAAGUUUAUUGAGCCACA